GUAGUCUGAUGUUAAUAGGCUGUUUGUGAAGCCGUGUCUCUCUCCGUCCUCACUCUGUGGAUUUCUCCACAUCCUGCUGUGUGCUUGACUGAGGGCUUCUCUGUGAUAUUUACCUCAGUGCCUCUUUGCCACGCACAGCAAGGGCAUCACACAUGGUUAGGGAAGACAAUUUGUUCCUCCGUUUGUUCAGAGAAUAACAAAUUAAAUCAGAAGGACUCUCGAGGCGGUACAAUGGUUUGACAUUUUACAAAGAAAUAGCCUUCUUUUUUGCAACGUGGGCGCAUGGGAGACAGAUAUGCCAAGCAGAAAGCCAGGGGCACUUCAAGAGGAUGAAGACUUGAAAUAUGAGUGGAAUGGACCUUCUUUUAUGAAAUAUCAUCUAAACGACAAAUAAUUUACAUUUUCUCACCAGGGAAGAGGUGUGGGACUGCCGCGUGUCCGAUCAGCUUUUGGUGGCACAUGGAUUGAUGACUUUUGUGCGAAGAUAAACAAAGCGUAGAGUCGAUGUAACUUCAUAUAGGUCACAUGUGAUCGCAACAUAACAUCUAGUAACUCAUAUCGCUUUUAAGUAGCAGACUCGACGGAGGAACUCGGGAAGGCAUCCAGGUGCGCUCCAUGUUUGGUUUAGGACACACCGGUACCUGCGGGACGUAAGGCACAGUUAGGACUUGAAAGCAGCGUUGGUCUGUGGGCCAGUGAUGCCGGACACAUUCACGCACAUAAAGAACCGGACAGAGUCACGGCUGGGGCAGCUAGAGCGCACACUGGCCACGGAGGGGAGCGCCCGCCCCGCCUGGGUCAUAGCAAUCCUGGCCAGCGUUUUGAUCUUCACCACGGUGGUGGACGUGCUGGGGAAUCUGCUGGUGAUCAUCUCGGUGUUCAGGAACCGCAAACUGAGAAACUCAGGUAAUGUGUUUGUGGUGAGUUUGGCCUUUGCUGACCUUGUGGUAGCCUUCUACCCAUACCCCUUGGUUCUCUAUGCUCUCUUCCAUGACGGAUGGGCACUGGGAAACACACAAUGCAUGGUCAGCGGUUUUCUUAUGGGGCUGAGUGUCAUUGGUUCCAUUUUCAACAUCACUGGGAUUGCAGUGAACAGAUAUUGCUACAUCUGUCACUCAUUCUCCUACAGUCGUCUGUACAGCUAUCGCAACACUCUGCUGUUUGUUGCCUUAAUUUGGGUGCUCACAGUAUUGGCUAUUAUCCCCAAUUUCUUCGUUGGCUCCCUGCGCUAUGACCCGCGGGUCUACUCCUGCACCUUCGCCCAGAAUGUCAGCAGUUCCUACACAGUGGCAGUAGUGGUGGUUCACUUCUUGGUUCCCAUUGCAGUGGUUACCUUCUGUUAUCUACGCAUCUGGGUACUUGUGAUUCAGGUGCGACGUAAGGUGAAGACAGAGGAAAGCCUUCGCCUCAGACCAAGUGACUUGCGGAAUUUCAUCACCAUGUUUGUGGUCUUUGUGCUGUUUGCCAUCUGCUGGGCUCCUCUUAACCUGAUUGGCUUGGCCGUGGCCAUAGAUCCGUCCCGUGUGGCUCACCGUAUCCCCGAGUGGCUUUUUGUGGUCAGCUACUUUAUGGCCUACUUCAAUAGCUGUCUGAAUGCCAUCAUUUAUGGCUUACUCAACAGGAAUUUCAGGAACGAGUACAAACGCAUUGUCACUUCCGUCUGGGUGACUCGGCUUUUUGUGACAGAGACUUCCCGAGCCGCCACGGACGCCAGGAGUAUGAGGAGCAAGCAAUCGCCGCCUCCGCCACUCAACAACAACGAUUCAGUCAGAGAUCGCACAAACAAAGAAUGAAAUCUUAAAUCCUUGAGCCUGUUAAUUCCUGUUUUUAUGUGGCAUCUAGUCAGUUGUGCAGCUGAAGAGUAUCAAGUAAUGGAUGAAGCUGGAAUAUAUGGCUUGGUUUUCUG